UCUGAGCUCCUGUGCUGGUGCUGCUUCACUUUGAGACAGAGCAUCGAAGCAGCAGCAGCUAAAAUGUUCUGGUUCAAGAAGUUGUGGUGUUGUAGCGCCCCGUCUGAGGACCCGCACAGUCUCAGACCCAAACCUGAGAAGGAGAAGAAGAAGAAUUGGUGGCAGAGACUCAAAAAAAAGGAGAGGCAAGAGGAGAUGAAUGUAGAGGAGAAUCAGAUGACAGGAAAUGAGGAGAAUGCAGGGAUGAGUACCCAGGUUCUGCAGGACCAAGGGCAGGAACCAGAGAUACAGGUGAUAGAGAUGGAAGUGAAGAACCAGGUGGAGCAGAGCAUGGAGGAGAAGAACCCAGAAGAGCAGAACCUGGUUAUAGAAGGGAUUGAAGAUCCACUUCAGGCUGUCAUUUUGGAGAACGUCUUCAAGUCCUCUAAUGAUGUGAUGCAGCAGCAGAACGUCCAGGACGAGCACGUUCUGAUUGCUCCCACAUUCAUAAUCCAACCUGAAGAGUGUGAGAGACUGAUGGAGACCACAGUGGAGAAUCAAGGCGUGUCCGUGCCCGCUGGUGCUCCCGUGCCCCCGGUCUACAUGCUGAAGAUGAAGAGAACGAGCCGCUGGACCGUGCGCCCUGUACUGGUGCUGCCAUCCUCAAAAUACAUCUCAUCAGCUCUGCUGUGUUCUGCAGUGCUGUGGUGUCCUUCAGAACGUCCUCGCUCCACAGGGAUCGUUCCUCCUGAUCAUCUAGAGAACCUGGAGAAGAUGGAAUGAAGAACCUCCUAACAACUCAAUAAGCACCAGAAACUUUUCCCUCAUCAAAUAGAAAUAAAAAGCAUUAAAAAAUAAA